AUGUUGAAACCUGGGGAGGCCGGCGGAUCAGCCUUUCUCAAGGUGGACCCGGUGUAUCUGCAACACUGGCAGCAGCUUUUCCCCCAGACCCACAUGAAGAGCAGUGUCCUGAGCCACGUCCCCCACGCGGAGCCACCUGCAGACAACCUCCGCCUGCGCCCGGCCUCACUCUCCUCUGCUUCGUCCUCCAACGCUUCACCCCAAUCCUCUGCACCCUCAAGCUCUGCCACCCUGGCCGGGGUCACCCCCAUAGCGCCAGCCCUGGGAGUGCUUCCCUGCUCAGAGGUUACGGUUACACCGAGAAAAGAACUACUGGUCCCCAAGUGCAGCGAGGAGCCAGCAGCCCGCUUCCACUGCAGCCCGGAGGAGUUGGACUACUAUCUGUAUGGUCAGCAGCGUAUGGAGAUCAUCCCUCUUAGCAGCCCGGCCAGCGACCCCAACAACCGGUGUGACAUGUGUGCAGAUAAUCGGAAUGGAGAAUGUCCUAUGCAUGGGCCCCUACACUCCUUGAGACGCCUGGUGGGCACUAGUGGCACUGCAUCUUUGGUCCCUCCACCUGAAAUCCCUGAGUGGUUGAGAGACCUUCCUCGGGAGGUGUGUCUGUGUACCAGUACUGUUCCAGGUCUGACAUAUGGCAUUUGUGCAGCUCAAAGAAUCCAGCAAGGAACAUGGAUCGGGCCUUUCCAAGGGCUCAUCGUGUCUCCAGACAAAGUGCAAGCAGGGGCAUUAAGAAACACUCAGCACCUCUGGGAAAUAUAUGACCAAGAUGGGACUUUACAGCACUUUAUUGAUGGAGGUGAGCCCAGUAAGUCAAGCUGGAUGAGGUAUGUGCGAUGUGCAAGACACUGCGGGGAGCAGAACUUGACAGUAGUUCAGUACAGGUCAAGUAUAUUCUACAGAGCUUGUAUUGAUAUCCCAAGAGGUUCAGAGCUACUGGUUUGGUACAACGACAGCUACACAUCAUUCUUUGGAAUCCCGUUACAAUGCAUCGCUCAGGAUGAAAACUUGAAUGUACCAUCAACUGUAAUUGAAGCUAUGUCCAGACAUGAAACACUACAACCCUUCAACAAAAAUGGCAAGCUACCCCCUUCCACAAUGCAGAGGUCCAUUGUUUUCCCACAGACUCCAUGCAACAGAAAUUAUUCCCUCCUGGAUAAAUCCGGGCCUCUAGACACAGGAUUUAAUCAAAUUAACAUUAAAAACCAGAGAGUGCUUGCCAGCCCAACCUCAACAAGUCAACUUAACUCUGAAUUCAGUGACUGGCACCUUUGGAAAUGUGGACAAUGUUUUAAGACUUUUACACAGAGGAUUCUUCUACAAAUGCACGUCUGCACCCAGAAUCCAGACAGGCCUUACCAGUGUGGACACUGUUCCCAGUCUUUCUCCCAACCAUCAGAAUUAAGGAACCAUGUUGUCACGCACUCCAGUGAUAGACCCUUCAAGUGUGGCUAUUGUGGAAGAGCCUUUGCUGGCGCAACCACAUUAAAUAACCAUAUCCGGACACAUACAGGGGAAAAGCCAUUUAAGUGCGAGAGGUGUGAGAGGAGCUUUACACAGGCCACACAACUGAGUCGACAUCAGAGGAUGCCCAACGAGUGCAAGCCAAUAACAGAGAACACAGAAUCAAUUGAAGUGGAUUAACUGAUUGACUAGUUGGAAUUAAACUGCAAGGAAAGUCAUGAUUAAAUGUCAUGGACACUUAAGCAAAACCAAAGAUUUCCUCGGAGCAACUUUCAAUCAGUCCCAGAAAACCAA